GGGGAGAUGGCUUUGUUGUCAAGGAUGUGUGUAAAAGCAAAGACGAAGAGAGAAGAUGAUAUAUAUGUAGCAGGAAUAGCAAUGAGAGGCAGUAAAGGACCAGCCCAGUUGGCUCUGUCCACUGCUUACUCACUCAAUUUCUGGCCUCUGUAUCAUUUUAUGGUCAUCAUCAAGCAACCUACCUCACCACCGCUGCUAGUCUUCGAUUUUCAACCUAAAGAUCCUGAAAAUUUGUAUGUUGCACUUGCUGCUCUUUCUGGUAAUUAUGUUCCAGGAGUCGUUAACACAAGGACGUUGUCAAAGCUGCUUAAAUCUAAAUGCUGGUUCGUAGGAUCUUCGGAAAUGGAUGCUGUUGAAGGCGCAUAUGAGUUCAACAAAAGUUGGCAAACUGAUUUGAGGAUUGGUCAUCAUGAUUGUCGAGAUUAUACAAAUGGACUGGUGCAGUAUCUCACCGGCGAAGAAAAUGUGUUGGAACGUCUGGGGAAAAGUGGUUGGAGAUAGAAUAAGUAGGUGUUGUAUAUCCUGCCAGUCCCAAGUUGUCCUAUCUUAAAGCCUGUGAGCAUCUUCGCUAGCCAGAGUAUUUAUUGGCUCUCAGUUCACAAUAUAAAUGGAAGCUUUGACAUCAAACUAGUUAUCGGUCUGUUUAAUUUUUUUACAAUAUCAUGCUCUUGUAUUAUGUUAUCCUUCUUGCACCCCCCUUAGAUCCCUUCACUGUGAUGCGCAGACUGGUUAUUAUAAUCAAGCUUGUGUGGAGCCUUGUCAGAGUCAAGACAAAGUGGCAUUCUAUGUAAUAAUUUGAUUUCUUAUGCCACUAUGAGGGUGUCCGGGUCUCUGUUUUCCUCGGAAGAGGAUAUAAGCACCUCAAUAUGUCUUCUAUCCUAUAUAAGAAGAGGGAACUGAGAGCCAGACGGGCUCUAUGUAUUUUUACAGACAUAAAUGAUAUUGUUCCUUGUGAUGAACUUGUAUGUCAUUUAUCCUCCAUGUAUUUUCUUAAGUCUGCAGGCUCUACAACCAAGGAAAGUGGCCUUUUAACUUCAGAGUAUGGAGGCACUAGUUAUUCUCUGUUA